AUCCGCGGCGGGAGGGGUCCCGGCGGCACAGCGCGCGCUCCGGCCGUCCGGGUCCCCGGGAGAUCCCGCAGGGGGGAUCGGGCCCGGGGACCCACAGCCGGACGGCCAUAAUGACCACCCUUCCAAGAUGGCGACUCCCGUAGAGACACUCCCGAGGGGACAGCCAUGUUAAUUGCCUGACAAAGUCACUAAAGAACAUUUGAAAGCCCGCCUCUCCUCCGACGCGUGCACACGGGCCAACACCUCGCGAGUGCACCCGGUGGGGUUGAGCCCCCAAGCUGACACUGAGCAUGUGCACGGUGAAGUCCAGACACGGAAGAGCCCCUCAGAGUAUCCAGCACAGAGAGCCACCACCUUGGUGCCCCCAGAAAGCAUCUAUGGGGUGAGAGCUGAAUGACUAUGUGGGCAGUGUCUUUCCAGGGUUUCUUGGAAUCUUUGUGGCGUCCUCGGGUCAGACCCCGUAGUGGAGGCUGCCGGCCCCAGCAGCUGGUUUGAGUCCACAGAUGCCCACCUGACUUCAAGCUCCUGGGAAGAGCCUAGUCGUCAGCAAGAGAGCCUGAGGGCUAAAGCCUGGCGGGAACAUGCCAGCUAACCGGAGGUCUCCCCGGUGCUCCUGGGUCCCGGCUGCAGAUGGACACGGCGGCCUGUGUGAGGGCUCCGUGUCAUUCGAGGAUGUGACCGUGAACUUCAGCAGGGAAGAGUGGCAGCAUUUGGACCCUGUGCAGAGACGCCUGUACCGGGAUGUGACCCUGGAGAACUACAGCCACUUGCGCGCAGUGGGGUACCAAGUUCCCAAACCAGAGGUCAUCUUCAAGUUGGAGCAAGGAGAGGGGCCAUGGACACUGGAGGGAGAAACCUCACAUCAGAGCUGUUCAGAUGAGGAUAUUGGGAAAACAGAGCAACAGAGAAUUCCUGGGAAAGUUUCACUCCACUGUGAGAAAUUUGGUCAUUCGAUAAGAAAAGAUCCAUUGUGUUCCAUUUUAGAAGAAUUGUGGCAAAAUAAUAAUGAGAUAGAGAGAUAUCCAGAAAGCCAAAAUAACCCUUUAAGUCAUGUGAAAGUACUGUUUAAGGAGAAGGGCUACGAAUGUAAAAAUAUUGAAAACAUAAUUCACGUGAGUUCCAAGCUUGUUCCUUCAAUUAAAAGACUCCAUAACUAUGACACAUUUAGAAAGAGUUUGAAGCAUACUUUAAACUUACAUAAUCAUAAUAAAAGCAAUUCAACAAAGAACCUUGAUAAGAUUUUUGGAAACGAUAAAAGUUUUGCCCGUAGCUCUCCUUCUACUGAGAAUGCUGCCACGGGGGCAAAUGCCUGUGAAGGUAAUCAACGUGAAAACCAUUUUGGCGACAAACAAGUUCUCAUCCACCAUCAGAAAAGUCAGACCAGGGAGCAACUUUAUGUUUGUACUGAGAAUGUAAAGAGCUUCCCCCAGAAGUCACAUCUCUUUGAGCAUCAGAGGAUUCAUGCUGAGGGAAAAGCCCAUGAGUGCAAUAAAAGUGAGAAAACUCUCACUCAGAAGCCACAGAUUAAUGUACCUCAAAGCGUUUAUACAGGAGAUAAACCCUAUAGAUGUCCUCAGUGUGGGAAGGCCUUUACUCUCAAGUCAAACCUCAUUACACAUCAGAAAAUUCAUACCGGGCAGAAACCCUAUAAGUGCAGUGAGUGUGGAAAAGCCUUUUUCCACAGAUCCUAUCUCUUUAGACAUAUGAGAAUUCAUACAGGAGAAAAACCCUAUGAAUGCAGUGAAUGUGGAAGAGGCUUCUCCCAGAAUUCAGACCUUACUAUACAUCAGAAAACCCAUACUGGAGAGAAACACUAUGCGUGCAGUGAAUGUGGGAAAGCCUUUACGAGAAAGUCGGCACUCAGAAUGCAUCAGAGAAUCCACACGGGAGAGAAACCUUACGUAUGCACUGAAUGCGGGAAGGCUUUCAUCCAGAAAUCACAUUUCAAUACACAUCAGAGAAUCCAUACGGGCGAAAAGCCUUACGAAUGCAGUGAGUGUGGAAAAUCAUUCACUAAGAAGUCCCAGCUCCACGUGCACCAAAGAAUUCACACAGGAGAAAAACCCUAUAUAUGUACAGAAUGUGGAAAGGUCUUUACUCAUAGGACAAACCUCACUACACAUCAGAAGACUCACACUGGAGAGAAACCCUAUAUGUGUGCUGAAUGCGGAAAGGCUUUCAGUGACCAGUCAAAUCUCAUUAAACACCAGAAAACCCACACUGGAGAGAAACCCUAUAAAUGCAAUGGCUGUGGAAAAGCCUUUAUAUGGAAGUCACGCCUCAAAAUACAUCAGAAGUCUCAUAUCGGAGAGAGACACUAUGAAUGCAAUGAAUGUGGGAAAGCCUUUAUCCAGAAAUCAACACUAAGUGUGCAUCAGAGAAUCCACACAGGAGAGAAACCCUACGUUUGUCCUGAAUGUGGGAAGGCCUUCAUCCAGAAAUCACACUUCAUUGCACAUCAUAGAAUUCAUACUGGAGAGAAGCCUUAUGAAUGCAGUGACUGUGGGAAAUGCUUUACUAAGAAGUCACAACUCCGUGUGCAUCAGAAGAUUCACACAGGGGAGAAGCCCAACGUAUGUGCUGAAUGUGGGAAAGCCUUCACUGACAGGUCAAAUCUAAUAACACACCAGAAAAUCCACACCCGAGAGAAACCCUAUAAGUGCAGCGACUGCGGGAAAACCUUCACCUGGAAGUCCCGCCUCACCAUCCAUCAGAAAUCUCACACGGGAGAAAGACACUACGAAUGCAGUAAAUGUGGAAAAGCCUUCAUCCAGAAAGCAACGUUAAGCAUGCAUCAGAUCAUUCACACAGGAAAGAAACCGUAUGCUUGUACCGAAUGUCAGAAGGCCUUCACUGACAGAUCAAAUCUCAUUAAACACCAGAAGACUCACAGUGGAGAAAAGUUAUAAAGGCACCGACUGAAAAGGCCUUCGGCUGGAACUCACAACCGGGUACGCAUCAGACAUCUCGUAGACGGAAAGAGGAGUGCCUGAUGCUGCAGUCAUCACGCAGGGGAAAGUGACUGUGACAGGCCACAGCUUCAGUGAACAGAAGGCAAGCAAAGCCAAGUUUCCUUCAGUCACCUGGAAAUACCAGUACCUGCAUCACCACAAGCUGACACGCAACUAUAUGCCUGAGGAGAUACUUUGAGAAAGCAUUUGAGCGAUAGUCCUAUUUGGGUUCAUGAUUCAUACACAGACCUUCAAGCUCCUACAAAUGGUACAGACAGAGACCCCAGAAGAAGACUUGGAACCUCUAUGUGUCACUUUUUGGAUGAAGGACUUGAUAAAUUCACCAUGGAUUAGUUCUUCAUGCCCUGGGAGGUAAAAGUACUUGAUACUGGCCAGUUCUUUUUCAGAUUUCUAGGGUGGGGAGAAGAGUUUUCAUUGUCCAAACACCUGAAGAACACCAAGAACAAGGCAAAAACCUAUUUGGGAAUGCACGUCUGUGAGUAGAAGCCAUAAGUUUUUGUGAUCAUUGACAUUUAAGACACAGAAAAGAUUGCCAUGGUCUGUCUUUUCCCUUCACCAUAGUAGAAUUUUUUAAAUAUAAUAUUUAAAAAUUUUUUAAUGUUUAUUUAUUUGUGAGAGAGAGACAGAGUGGGACUGG